AUGUCUGCAGGCUUUCCCAUAGUUCAGGGCGGUGGCUCCUUGAUUCUUGCGUGGCAGAUCAAAGGAAAACAUGUUCUCGUGAUUGGCGGUGGUGAGGUCGCCGCCGGUCGAAUAUUCAACCUCCUCAAUGCGGAUGCUCGCGUCACCGUCAUCUGUCCCCGGCAGGGUCUCACUCCCGAGGUAGCUUAUCGGGUCGAUUCAGGCCAGAUAUGCCACACCGAUCGAAUCUUCCUUCCCUUAGACCUCGAACCCGAAAGAAACGUAUCGAUGGUUCUGACCGCCAUCGAUGAUCCCGAAGCUUCCACCCGUAUAUGGAAAUAUUGCAAGAAGCUGAAAGUGCCUGCAAACAUUGCAGAUGUGCCGCCAGAGUGCGACUUCUACUUUGGGAGCGUGCAUCGCGACGGACCUCUGCAAAUCAUGGUGUCAACCAACGGCAACGGGCCAAGACUGGCGGCGAGCAUCAGAAAGCAGAUUGGAGAUAUGCUACCCAAGGGCACCGGACAGUCGGUUGCGAAGGUGGGGCAAUUGAGGAGGAAACUGCGGGCAGUGGCGCCAGGCAAGGGGGUUGACAGCAUCAACAAGAGAAUGGGCUGGAUGAGUGAGGUAUGCGAUAGAUGGUCAACAGAGAAUUUCAACGAAAUGGACGAGGAAGAUAUGGAACGUCUAAUCCAGUCUUACGGUCCAGGUGUUGUGCCGAGCUUUGAAGAUGUGCGACUGAGAAGGCCAACAAACGUUGUAUGGGACUUCGAUGGCUCCUUUGGCUGGUUGUAA